AUGGACUCCCUCUUCCACAUUCAAGGCCCCCAACACAGCGACCUCACGCCCGUCUUCCUAAUCCACGCGAUAUCCGGUUUCGGCCUGCCGUACCUCAACCUGGGCUCCCUGGCCACAAACCGCACCGUGUACGGACUCUCCUCGCCAACCCACGAAAAAGCCUCCUACCGGCUCCCUCACUCUCUCCAAUCCCUCGCACAAGAAUACCUCGCCACGAUCCGGUCCGUGCAGCCGCAAGGACCGUACAUACUAGGCGGCUGGUCUCUCGGCGGCAUGGUCGCGGCCAAAAUCGCCAGCAUCCUGCAAGAAGAGAGCGGCGACGGAGAAAGCCAGGUGUUAAAGCUACUGCUGAUCGACGCCAUCAAUCCCGAGGGCUGCCCCGCGUACUCGAACCCCAAGGAGCGCGACGCGACGGCCGAGUGGAUGUUCAAGACGUACGCGCCGCAGAUGAAUCUCGGGUACGAUCCUGACUCCGACUUCUCCUCGGACGAGGAGGAGGAGAUGCCGGCACUCGACUCCGACAGCGAAAGCGACUCCGAUGACGAUGACGAUGUGGACGUCGACGAGUUCCUCCCGCGCCUCAAGAAAUACAUCUACAACUCACUCGACCUGGUGGCGGGGGCGGGCAGCACGAAGGUCGUGCCCGAGGAAGGCCUGAAGUGUCCCGCCACGUUGGUGAAGUGUAAUAUCCUGGGCGACCACCCGCCGGGUACCAGCGAGAAGCGGAAGUGGGCGGUGGAAUACAGGUUUAAUGAUCGUAGGAGUGGGUGGCCGAUUAGGGAUUUAAAGGUUGUUAGGGUCGAUAGGCAGCAUGAUCAUAUGUUCGAUGGGGACUUUGUCGGGGAGAUGACGGGGAUUUUGAGGGAGGAUUUGGAGGGGGUGGAGGGGUGA